GACACGUCCGUGUGAUCCGUCAGUUCGCGUACUGUGACAUAGUUCAUGUAUGUUUAUGUUGCAAUAAUGUAGCUAGAUGUAAAAAAAAAAAAAGAAGAAAAAAAAACCUUCCCACACCCUAAUGACACGUGUGUCUCUAAUCCGUCCUUUUGGCUGUGGGCGAACGGCCGCCAGCAGUUUUCGAGUGUGGGAGCAGUGGACUUGAAUUUCUUUUUAGCUUGUAUUCCGGCUUGCAGGCUGUGGCUAGCUAAGGUUCGUUAGCUAGCUAGCUCACUUGCUAUAUGAUCCUGCGAAGGUUAAUUUUGAACCAGCGCCUCUAGCUCGUCAGUUGAUCUGCACACCUGCGAUUUGUCAAACUCUUAAAUGGACAGACGGGUGAAGACCAAAGGAAAUUGUUAAACAACACAGUACUUUGCAGGGGGAAAAAGAGGCAACAAAGAUGUGGCAAAGCGUUGGUCUGACGGUGUUUGUCAUCUUGGCUACCCUCGUAUGCGUUUUUCUCUUCAUGCUGUUUGGCUGGUAUGUGGUCUGGCAGCUCUUUCUCUCCAAGUUUAAGUUCCUGAGGGAGCUGGUGGGUGACAGCGGGUCUCAGCGAGGCGACACGGAGCCGUCCCAGUCUGAGACUGAGCGCAGUUCUGCCUCGAACCCUCGCCAGCGGACCAAGACCCCCCGCCAGAGGGUAGUCUCACCAGAGGUGGCCACAUAAACCUCUCUGCCUGCCCGCCCGUCUCUCCACACAGAUUAGCAGAGCUGCUGACGUUGAUGUGAAAGGCCAUGUGAUGUGAAAGUACUCCUGCCCCCCCCCCCCCUUCCCCCACAACCACCACAUCCUCGUGCCAGUAGUAUUUUAGACACACUUACCUGUGCAGCAGUGUUCCUGGGUACACCUCCCCUCUCCCCCAUUCUCCCCUUUUCUCUGGUUAACCCCACAAUAUGUGCCACUCCUAUUGGCUACUGACCUCUAGCCACCUAAGAGACGGUUGGUGGUCCUCUUACACAAUGAUGUUUGUGUGCGUGUGUGCGUGUGUGUGUGUGUGUGCGCGUGUAACCUAGCUUAACUAGAAAAGAAAGCUAACCGUGCUCUUAGACUGAUCAGCUGACAUUUACUUUCAGAGGCAAAGGAAAACUCUAUAAAAAGAAACAGUUCUAACUGACAACCGAAGUUCCUCAGUCACUUUAAUUUUACACGUUUAUUUUUUACUUAGUGUAACUCUGUGAGGCUGUCUUGGUUCCUCAUGUGGAAAGAAAGAACUCGCGCUGUUCUGUCCCCCUCCCGGUCAGAGAAAGUGUGGAAAGAACGGUUUGCUCUCUGUAAACGAAAAAGGCCUAAAAUCACCGUCCAGAGACCCACCUGUGACGUCAUUCAUUCCUCACUGUGACCUCCUGACCUCCAGAGACUGGCGCAUGCUGUGGCGAUGAUGUCACGAGAGUGCGGCUAGAGUGAGGCGGUGACGCGCGGUGUACCUGGCCGCCGUUUCUCGGAUCCUCUGUAGUUUUUUUUUUUUUGCUCUGUUAUGGAGCACAGCCACGCUGGGGCUGGGACUUAUUUUGGAUCAUUACACUUCCUCUGAUCAGCAGUGACUUUCACAUGU